GCAGCUUGGAUCUAAAAAUCUGACAAACCAAGUGAUCAAGUCAAGCUCUGCUGAGCAUCUUGUUUGUUUACUGCAUCCAAAUGCUUGCAAACAGUUAACUAUAUGCAGAAAAGUCAGCAUAGCUGUGAAGUAUGCUGUGAAUUUUAAUUGAGGAAAAAGGACAACUGCUCACAGGAUGGUCUAAUGUGCACGCUGCCUGGAAGAUUUUUUCAAUUGAACACUUUGUACUUUGUCUUCUGAACAAGGAUUUUAACUUUAUGGAACUGUAGUAUUACCAGAGCUUGCAGCAAAGCAAAACUCAGAAGAAAGCGUGCAUUUUUCACAGGGAAAAAUUGCAUCGCAUUGAAACAGCUGCUCCAACUGUGCGUUACCGAGCGUUCCAGGGAGUGUUACUGCUGUACAGUUUGGGGGUACAAGGAUUGCAGAGGAAAUACCUUUUGAUUUACAUACAUAAUGCAGAACCAAAGGAGAGAUUCCCUGUAUCCUGACUGAAACAGCUUUUGCUCACAACAUAUUGUUGAACCAAACCAAAUCUUGUUUCUUCUCUUCAGCAGCUGGACAACAUUAAGUUGAUCUUAGCAAGAAUCUUCUGGGCAAGAUGAAGCUCUGGAUUUUUAUUCUAUAUUCCGUUGUGAUUGCAUCUGAUCCUUUCCAGUCACAGCCUUCUUUUUCUUCAGUCAGAGGAUCUUGUCAGAAUUUGUGUUCCUGUGAAGAAAAGGAUGAUACCAUGAUUAUAAACUGCGAAGAAAGAGGCAUCAAGAUGGUAUCAGAAAUAAAUGUCCCACCAUCACGGCCUUUCCAUCUUAAUCUGUUAAACAAUGGCCUGACUACAUUACACGUGAAUGAUUUUGCUGGCCUUGUUAACGCUAUCACUCUACAUCUUGGUUUUAAUAAUAUUGCAGAUAUUGAGCCUGGGGCUUUCAAUGGUCUCAGCCUUCUUAAGCAACUUCAUAUCAAUCACAAUUCUUUAGAAACACUUAAAGAAGAUACAUUUAAUGGAUUGGAAAAUUUGGAGUUUCUUCAAGCAGACAACAAUUUCAUCACAGUGAUUGAAGCAAGUGCCUUUAGCAAACUCAACAGGCUUAAAGUGCUUAUUUUGAAUGAUAAUGCCAUUGAGUAUCUUCCUCCAAAUGUAUUUCGUUUUGUGCCAUUGACCCAUUUAGAUCUUCGCGGAAACCAGCUACAGACGCUUCCCUAUGUUGGCUUUUUGGAACACAUUGGUAGAAUACUAGACCUUCAGUUGGAAGACAAUAAAUGGGCCUGUAACUGUGAUUUGCUGCAGUUGAAGAUAUGGCUAGAAAACAUGCCUCCUCAGUCAAUAAUAGGUGACGUUGUAUGCAAUAGUCCUCCAGUUAUCAAAGGCAGCAUCUUAAGCCGGUUGAAAAAAGAAUCACUUUGUCCCACUCAUCCUGUCAAUGAACUUGAAGAUCCUUCAGGGUCACUGCCCUUGGUUGUAACGACCUCUAUCAGUGAUAGUCACCUAUCAACUAAGGUGAUUCCUAUCCUGAAAGCUCCUACUAAAGAACCAAGUUUAGUGCUUCAUACUUCAAAGCCUACUACUCAGUUUCCAGGAUUCUAUUGUCCUGUCCCCUGUCACUGCACCAGCCAUAUGCUCUCAGGAGUUCUCAUGCACUGCCAGGAGCGAAAUAUUGAAAGUUUGUCUGAUUUAGGACCCCCUCCUCCAAAUCCGAAAAAGCUUAUUCUAGCUGGAAACAUUAUUCAGACAUUACUGAAAUCAGAUCUUGUGGACUAUGCCAGCUUGGAAAUGCUUCACCUGGGGAACAAUCGCAUUGAAAUCCUUGAGGAAGGAUCCUUUAUGAAUCUGACUAAACUGCAGAAAUUAUAUCUCAAUGGUAAUCAUCUUACAAAGCUAAGUCAGAAUCUCUUCCUUGGCCUUCAGCACCUUGAAUAUUUGUACCUUGAAUAUAAUGCCAUCAAAGAAGUUUUGCCAGGGACAUUUAAUGCAAUGCCAAAACUUAAGGUCCUCUACUUAAAUAACAACCUUCUGCAGACUUUGCCACCCCAUAUCUUUUCAGGUGUUCCACUCGCCAGAUUAAAUCUGAAAACAAACCAAUUUGCUCAUUUACCUGUGAGUAAUGUCUUGGAUGAACUGGAUAUGCUGGUACAAAUUGAACUUGAAGACAACCCCUGGGACUGUACCUGUGAUUCAGUUGGGCUGCAAAAAUGGAUACAAAAACUGAGUAAGAAUACAAUGAUGGGUGAUAUUUUUUGUAAAUCUCCAGGACAUUUAGCAAAAAAAGAACUUAAAUCCCUGAACAGUGAAGUCUUGUGUCCAGGUUUAAUAAACAGCCCUGCUCUACCAACUCAUGCCAGUUUUGUAGUUGUGACAACUUCUACUACUACUACCAACACAGCAGACACCAUCCUGCGGUCCCUUACAGAUGCUGUCCCACUUUCUGUUCUAAUAUUAGGACUUCUCAUUGUGUUUAUAACUAUUGUAUUUUGCGCAGCAGGAAUAGUUGUUCUUGUUCUGCACCGGCGACGAAGAUGCAAAAAGAAACAAGCGGAUGAACAAAUGAGGGAUAGUAGCCCAGUUCACCUUCAGUACAGCAUGUAUGGGCAUAAGACAACACACCACACAACGGAGCGCCCAGCGGCGACUCUCUAUGAGCAACGUAUGGUUACUCCCAUGGUUCAGGUUUACCGCAGCCCAUCCUUCAGCCCCAAGCAUACUGAGCAACAGGAGGAGGGAAGUGAGAAGGAAGCUAGCGAUUCCAGACAUCUCCGCCGAAGUCUUCUGGAAAGAGAGAACAGUUCACCUCUUACAGGUUCAAAUGUCAAAUAUAAGGCUACAGAUCAAUCUGCUGAAUUUCUGUCUUUUCAGGAUGCCAGCUGCUUGUAUAGAAACAUUCUUGAAAAAGAGAGAGAACUGCAGCAGCUAGGGAUCACGGAGUACCUAAGAAAAAAUAUUGUCCAGCUCCAGCCUGACAUGGAAGUUCAUUAUCCUGGAGCACAUGAGGAGCUGAAGCUAAUGGAGACACUCAUGUACUCCAGGCCAAGAAAGGUUUUUCUAGAACAAACUAAAAAUGAGUAUUUUGAACUCAAAGCUAAUUUACAUGCUGAGCCUGACUACUUGGAAGUCCUGGAGCAGCAAACAUGAAGUGAUAAUACGUUAGGCUGGGGCCGAAUUUCUGUAAUUCUAUUUUAAGUUGGAACCGUUGUAAAUAAAAGUGCCUUAUAAUAACAUGUCAACAGUCAGAACUUAAGCACAGCAGUAAUCCUAGCAAAAAAAACUCAGGGAUCACUGUGGGAAGCCAUGGGGUUGUGUGCAGGCAAUAUGUCUCACCCCACGUUAAACAUGAACUUUGUGUGAUUGAACUGUGGGAGGAAGAUUGCUUAUUGUAAUAUUCCUCAACAUUUUAAAAAGGUGUGUAUGGCACUUUCCAUUCUGUACCCAACCUAUGGAAAAAAUAUUUGUUACCUUUACUCUUUCUUUUUUUCCUCAGCUUAAUUAGAUUCCUUUAAAAAAAAAAAAAAAAGAAAAAAACCCCAACCACCUGUGCUUGUAGUUAUAAGGUUAGAGUGUAUCGGUUAGGUUAGUACAUGCACUGCAUACAUGAUCAUUGUCUACAACUCCACCUAACAUACCUUUAUAAUAAAUAUGAAAGGAUUUGAAAUGUCAUACUAAAUGUCAGUUUUAAAAAAACAAACAAAAAACCAACCACAAAAAGAAAAGAUUUUUGUGUAUGCACCCAGAGCCUGCAAAUAUUUAAGUAUUUUACACGGAACUUCAUCGUGUGCAUUCCGUAUCAGUAUGUGGAAGGAAAAAUAUGUAACUGUGUUUACCCAACAUCUUCAAUGAAGAAAAAAGCAAGCCUUUUGCUACUUUUCCUAUCUUAUAGCUUUACCUAAGUUUGGACAAUCUCUUCUUGAGCUGCUGCUAUAUAAUAUUGUGCAUCACUGGUGUUUCAACUCAUAAUCCUGGGCAAUUUGAAAAGCUACUGAGAAUCAGCUGUAAAUAUGUUACUGUGUUUAAUAAGUUUGAUUUUUUUAUAUAUAUAUAUAUCUAUAUAUAAAUAACUUCUGUGCUGGCUUUAAAUAUUCUUGGAGGAAAUGAGUUUGCUGUGGCUAGGAACUUCCAAGUGCAAAUACAGAUCAUUUCCCACCCUACCCAAAAGCAACUCUCAGACAGAAUAACUGCAACAAUAAACACAUGUGAGGAAGAAUAAUAGUAUUUAGCUGUUUGUACAAAAAUAUGUUAUAUUUUCUGAAAUUAGAAGAAAAUAAAAUGUUGUGGGAAAAAUAGGUAAAAAAGUAGAACACUGCAGGUUUAUUUUUGCAAUGAAUUCUAGCUAGAUUUAUAUUUACUAUUUAUUCUGUAUAAUUUUGUAAUUUUUUUGAACUCACAAGAAAAGAAAAAGCUUAUUCCUGGCUGCCUUUCAAGCAAAUCAAGGAACUGCUCUCUAUCAAUGAAAAAGAAAUAAAGAGUUUUUUAAAUGUCUUUUUCUUAAAGGUCACUUUUUAAAGAAGGCAGCAACUUCUGCAUGCACAAGUUUAGAACUGUUUGGGAAUUAAACACAGUGCUUCUCACUCGUGUCAUGUGGACAGAAGCAUCUUGUCCAGAGUGCAGUAAAGCCCUUCAAUUUCUGUGCAUGACUGAUACGGUGCCAAAACACAAAUUCUGAUCUGUGUUUAUCUUCCUCUAAGCAAAUCUUUUGUAAACUGACUAUGCAUGAACUUUCUUUUUUUUUUUUAUUUC